ACAUUGACAGCUGUUGACAGCAAUGCAAUGACAGAAGCGAAAAUCACUUUCAUUUGGAGUUCAUUAGUUUGUGUUUAUUUUGUCUGGAUAAUUAAUCUUAUCGGAAGACUACGCCAGACACAAACCGUCGAAACGUUAGUAAAACUACGAAAAUGCUGCGAACAAAAAUUCAUAUAGUUCUAAGUGCAAUCGGUGUAUUUUUAGGAUUGUCAGCAUUUAUAUGUUUUUGCAUUGUUUACGCUAACAUAGAAGCUGGAAUGUGGGCGUUAUUAUCCGGUAUCCAUGCUGGCUUGACCCUGAUGCUGCAUUGUUACUAUCUGAGGGACUCACUCCAUGUCAUUUUCUCCCGCAAAGUUCUCCAAUACAUUGGGGACUUUGGCAUGUUUGGCCUUAUAGCUGGAGCAGCACUUACAUUGUUUUAUAUCUUUCUGCAGAUUUAUUAUCGAGCUGACGUAAUGCCAAUAGACACCAGCAUCGUAAUCCAGAUGGUAUGGUCCUUCAUGAUGAUGAAGUGGGGCGGGAUGCUCUACUACUUUACCAGGUCCUACUUGCGGACGUACAACGAUCAUCAGCUGUUCUCGGAAGCUUAUAUUGAGGAGACAUAAGCGUGUAAGUGUUUUUAGGGAGUUGGUGUUUUUUUUUCUAUAGUAUAUUAGACUUACAUACAAAUACUACGAUGCAUUGACAUAUAUCUAAGGAUGGUGCUAGUUCAGCGGUGUCAAUCGCGUUGUAGCGUUAGACUGCAGGAUUGGCUCGAAUUCGUGUGUGUGACACCGCUGUACUGGCUCCAUUCUUGUUGCCCGUAAGGCCCGUCCUUAGAUGUAUGUCAAUGCUAAGAUGAAUAUAGUCAGAGUAACAUGAGAAUUUAUUCUAGACGAUAAUGAAUUGACCCUUAUAAUUACGAGGCGAAAACUUUGAGUCAAGUUAUAACUAUCACAAAUAAAUUCUCACGUUAUUCAAACUAUAACGUAAAAUAUUGAAGCCAAAAAUUUGACAGCUUUUUUUGACUGUACUCUAUUCAAGUCUAUUCUAAGACUUUAUUUCGAUUAAUUUAUUUUCCUGAUUUUUUUUGGAAAUCCAGUUAAUGUAUAUGAUAAAAAAGUAAAUAAUUCUAGAAAGUAUUCAGUUAUUCUGUUUCUACGGCUAUUUGAAAUUCAAGUUUGGAUCUGUAAAAUGGUAGGUAAACUACGCUUCUCUUUUCACUUAAUGGAUUCUUACGACUAUUAUUUCGUUUAUUUAUUUAAAUUUGAAACAAACAGUCAUACAAAAAAAAUAUUAUUACAGUUUCUACUCUUAAUCUAUUUAGACCUAUAGUUUCCAUGUUUGUUAAACAUAUCUUUAUAUAGAAGCACGAAAAGUACCUAUCUUCGUUUAGGUUCAGCUAAAUAGUAAGAGGUUACACAGAAUUUGAGAAAUCAGAUUUACAAAACACUCAGUGAAAAGCACAAUGUAAAACACGUUCUACGUUUAUAACAAUUUUUGAAUAAGUAUUAAGUAUCGACAAACAUGACAUACAAUAAUACUUUAACAUUUUUUUAGUUUUACUUUAUGAUUUUGAUUUAAAAUACAGUCAUAGAGCAUCUAGAUAUCGAAUUUCGAAUUAAGAAGGAUAAAACAAGAACACCAACCCACGGGUAUAUUUGAUGAGUCUACCCAAAAUUCGGUAACUGUCUAUUCAAAACUUUCAAAUAAUUAUAAAACUUGAUCUAUCACCUAAAAAGUACUUAUGUAUACUAUUGUAGUUGUUAGAAACAAAUUUUUAGAGGUUUUGUAACUGGUAAUUACAAGUCAAUUGGAUAUUGAAAUCACACCAAGUUCACAUCUACAAGUAUCAGUCAUAAUAUGUCCCAUUUUUAUCUUAUUAUUUACUAAACUUAAAUAUACCAAAAUGGUCUACCCACCGUGCACCUAGGACCUAACCAGAUACAAAUUUUGAAUUACCUUACAAAGUUCCUGAUUUGCGAUUAUGUAUUUUUUUUUACAUUAUUUAAAUUUGUUUGGGUUUAAUAUAAGCAAAUUCAAAGGUACAUUGAAAGUCUAUUAGAUCAUUAAAAUGCCUGACAUUUUUGUAUUCCGGGCGCAUUCCUGACAAACGGCUAAAAUUCCGGACGUCGGGUAACCCUACGUGCACCAAACCACGGAGUAAUUACGUUCCGUUUUCGCACUUGCAUUUACACCUACACCUAUGUACCUACCUACAUUUGAUACUCAUCAGUGAGGAACGCUAACUUUAUUUCGAAAACCUCUUUUGAGGUUCUAUGUGUAGUUAUGGAUAGAUGACCGUAGUGCACAGAUUUGCCGUAGUGCUUAUGGUGAAAAUAUUUCAGAAACUUUCAAACACAUAUUUCCAUUUAAUAUACUUAACCAAUCCGUGUUACUAUUAGCCGAAAGUAUAUUUAGCGAUAAUACGCGAUUAGGUACGGCAAGGUGGUUCUGAUUACUGGGGGCCUACCGCGAAAACCGAAAUUCGCAAAUUGCAAGGAUCUUUCUCUUCUACUCUCGCUAAGACGUAAUUAGAGUGACAGAGAAAAAUGCCCGCAAUUGACGAACUUCGAUUUUCGCGGUUAUAGCCCUGCACCGAUGACCUAAAUUCGAAAGCCAUUAGAAAUUGUCAAAAAAUGGAAUUAACUCUAAUAAUUUGUUUCUACAUUAAACAAACAACUUUCCAAGGUUGGUUUUGUGUUUUAAAUAAGUAACUUAAAAGUCUUCCUUCUCCUUGACGUCUUUCUCAUAUAAGUAUUAACAGGCUUUCAUCACUUUGAUAUGAAUCUAUGACUGUAUGUUAAAAGGUAACAUUAUUAUAAGUAUUAUAACACAAACACAUGUUAUUAAAUUGGAUUCAACGUGAUAAAUUGGCUUUACAUUUAAUUAGCAACGUAGGCAGCUCGCGCGUUCAGAUUUUUCAGAGAAACUAAAUUACAUUACAUUAUAGGGUGCUUUUAGUGUGGCUACCACCAGUUCGGCAGUGACAUAAACGCUAUCGAGAACGUAACUUACUUUCUAUGCAUCUCGCUCGUACUCGCAUAUAAGUGCGAGCGAGGUGCAUACAAAGUAAAUUUCGUUCUCGAUAGCGCAUAUGCCAGUUUUGACACUUGACGGUGACUCAUGGUACGGGUAUAGGUCUUGCAACGUAAAGAGAGGCCACUUCUACGUUUAUUAGAAUCAUAAAUAUUACACCCAUUUUUAGGGUUCCGUAGCCAAAUGGCAUAAAACGGAACCCUUAUAGUUUCGCCAUGUCCGUCUGUCUGUCUGUCUGUCUGUCUGUCUGUCUGUCUGUCCGAGGCUUUGCUCCGUGGUCGUUAGUGCUAGAAAGCUGAAAUUUGGCAUGGAUAUAUAAAUCAAUAAAGCCGACAAAGUCGUACAAUAAAAUCUAAAAAUUUAAUUUUUUUUAGGGUACCUCCCCAACACGUAAAGUGGGGGUGAAUUUUUUUUUUCGCUUCAACCCUAGAGUGUGGGGUAUCGUUGGAAAGGUCUUUCAAAACUAAUAGGGGUUUUCAAGAAACAUUUUUUGAUAAAGUAAAUCUAUUCAGAGAUAAUCGCUCCGAAAGAAAAAAAAAAUGUGUCCCCCCCCCUCUAACUUUUGAACCAUAGGUCCAAAAAAUAUGAAAAAAAUCGUGAAAGUAGAGCUUAAGAAAGACAUUAAAUGAAAACUAUAGCGGACAUGAUCAGUUUAGCUGUUUUUGAGUUAUCGCAAAAAGUUUUCCCUUCAUAGUAAAAAGACUUACUUUAAUUAGGUACUGAUUAUGCAAAUUUGCCUAUUUGUUUAACUCGGGUGAAAGGUACCGUUUCAUCCCUUGGUUAACAAUUUACUAUACUUUAAGCUCCAGUUUACCUUAUUGUGACGGAAGAGUAACUACGGAACCCUACACUGAGCGUGGCCCGACAUGCUCUUGGCCGGUUUUUAAAGUUGGAAUUAUUUUACUUUCUCUAGUUUCGAGUAUAAUUUUAUUUAGUCAUCAAUCAUUUCAUUCGCCUCUAGAAAUUGCAAGACCUCUAUGCCUGCCGUAUGUAUUAGGAAUAUUAGGAUCUUUUUUACUUUUUUAUUGGAAAAUAGCAUAAGUUUAGACUGAAAAUGAUACUUCUUUUUACUAUUAAAUACUGUUUUCUAAAUUUAUUAAAUAUACAUAUAUUACAGUUUAUAUCAAAUGUAUAUAAUUGAGUAGAAACGUUAGAAGGCCACAGGGUAAUUUAAUGCGUGUUUUAGAACACGGAUAAAUAGUCUGUAAAGUUUACUUAUUAAAUAGAUAUAAUAAAAAAACUGCUUUUACUAAUACAUUCGUUAUACAUAUUAUGACAGGAAUAAAGUAUCAAUUUAAAUUGUUUUCAAUAAUGAAUAAUAAAGUUAGAGUUAGAAGUCAAUAUGUAUGUUUAUUAUGAUAAUUUGCGAUUGCCUAACUUUCCUAUGUCAAAACUUAUAUUAAAUGUAAACAGGAGUAGAUUGAUGGGUGGGUAAUAACGAUUAGUUUUGAAUGUUAUAAACAUAAUUAUAAUAUCUAUUAAAAAGUGUAAGUACUGAAAGAUAAUAAACGUAUUGUUUCUAAA